AUGCUGAAUAGGUUUUCGGUGUGGGCAGCAUUAAUUCUAUCGAUUCUAUUGCUGGUGGUUGUGGUUGUCUUAGCGGUUCGAGGAACUUCGUGUAGUGGAUUGAAUAACUGUGAUCCGUUCAAAGCUGUCUGCGCUUCUGCAAAAAACGAGCAUCAAUUCUUCUACAGCCAGUGUGAUAUGAUCCGCGACAGCUGUUUGACCGGAAAAGAUUGGAAACGUGACAAUUUCUCCCACUGUAAUGUCCACAUAUAA